GGAAGUAGCGGAACCGGCACAACCACCGAACCACCGGACUCACCGAACCAGAAGAACCAGCAGCUCCAGCGGCUCCGUCCUCCUCCUGCUCCCCGACCAGACACGAUGCUCCGCGGCUCCGCUCUGCUGCUCCUCCUCGCUCUCAGCGCCGCCGCAGCCUUCGAGCUGCUGCCGGAGGAAGCUGCUCCCCGCCGGGCAAGAUUCUCCGCCAACAGCCCGAGUGAUGUGGCCAGAUGUUUGAACGACGCUGUGGCUGUGGGCUGUGGAUUCUUCUCCUGUCUGGAAAACUCGACCUGCGACACCGACGGGAUGCACGAGAUCUGCGAACUGUUCCUCCACUCAGCCGCUACCUUCAACACCGAGGGUAAAACGUUUGUGAAGAAGAGCUUGCACUGCAUCUCCCAGGGGAUCUCAGGAAAAGUCUUCCAGACCAUCCGCCGCUGCAACAUCUUUCAGAGGAUGAUCGCUGAGGUACAAGAGGAGUGCUACACCAGUCUGGACAUCUGCACCGUGGCUCGUACCAACCCUGAUGCCAUCGGAGAGGUGGUCCAGGUGCCGACCCACUUCCCCAAUAGGUACUACAGUACUCUGCUGCAGACGCUGCAGGGAUGCGAUGAGCAGACGGUGGCGGCGGUCCGAUCCGGGGUCAUGGCCCGGUUGGGACCCGACAUGGAGACUUUCCUGCAGCUGGUCCAGAACAAGCCGUGCGUCCCCGGAUCCGGAUCGACCGCCUUCAACAACCCGUCCAGCUGGAGGAACAUGCCAGUGUUCAACGUCCAGCCGGGCUUCAGGGGCCGAGACCCGACCCACCUGUUCGCCAGGAAGCGGUCCGUGGACGAACAGGAAGCUAAAGCCGACCAAUGAGACGGUUUUAUGAAUACUACUGCUGAUGUGUUCUUGUUGUUACUGAGGAGGUUCUGAGUCCGUCCACCGACUAAACAUCCCGAUGUUUUAAAAAUGAUUCUGAUAUUUAUUUUCUUAAUAAUUUAUGAGGCGGUGUAUUUAACGUAGGAGGGAAAGGAGCAGCGGAGGUCCAGGAGAAGCUUUAACGCUGGUCGUGAAGCUCUUUAAAACUCCAUCCUGCUGGUCUGAGAUGUAAAGUUUAAUAAUCUGUCUGGUGUUAGAAAUAAACGACUAUACCACUG